AUGGCAGCCACGGAUCAAACAUGGCUGUCAUUGGAUUUUAAUGGUUUGCCUAAAAUAAGAUUGUGCCUUCUUGGUAAGAGAAACCGACAGUUAUACGCGCGCCUUUACGGAGACUUAACAGAGCCGGCUUCCAGCGUCCGCGGACCUGAUUCGCCUCUGAGCUCGGAUCUGGCGCUUGAUAAGCCUCGUCCUAUACCAUCACCCAGACAAAUCCACCCCCUGUACGGGGAGAAAGCCGGGCUGCUGGGCUACUGCGAUCCGCUCGGUAACGCAGAGAAUUUCCCACCAGCCCCGAACAUCGUCGUCGAGGGUGGCAGAAUCGAGUUUGUCCGCCCCUCGCAGGAUGGCACCACGACAUCCCGUAGAAACACCAUGUCCCGUGGCUCGCAGACCUUCAACGACGAGUCCGAGAAGUCUGACCCAGCGAAGGUAAGUCCACUCUUUCGUUUUCCAUCGGUCGUUCAACUCGCCUCCGUCUCGUUUUUCUUUUUCCCUCCCGCCCCCCCUUUUUUUUCUUUUUCCUUUUCACGCGAUUGUGUUUGCUUAGACACCGUUGUUUACACACCUCGUUCGAGUCGUGGACGAACUCGGCCAACCGAGUUAACCACGAGCACGACUAAAGUGUGGUUUAGCACUUACGAAUACAACAGACACUUCAGUGCUAUCGAAAUUCGACUAGUACGCUAUCCUAGUACGCUAAAAAUAUUAGAACCCAAUGUACACAAUGCAGGAGCUAGAAUAGCAACAGGGGCAUACUGCACAAGUCUAGUGACUGCAAUUCUGUGCGAAGCAAAUUUACCACCAUUAGAAAUUAGAAGAAAACAACUAAGUCUACCUUACGCAGCAUCAAAACACUCAACACUAUCAAAUCCUGUUUACAACAUAAUAACCACCAACACCCUACCCGAAGAUUUUACAAAAAAGCCCAACUUACCAAAAUGCUUCUUAGGAAUCCACGAUGAGAGUAAUCGAAUGAUUGAUUACAUGGUCUCUUUGUGUCUUUCCCAACCACAUGAUAGUAAUAGAGCAUUUUAUGACUGUUAG